AUGGUGGUUAGAACAGACGAGGCUCACCACCACGAUGUUAAGCAUUUUGCAUCGGACAUUCAUUAUCAGGGACAUGAACUUAAGGAAGCCCCAGCCCCAAUUGGAUCACUGAAUGAACUGAAGAACUCUUCCUGGAGAAGAUUGAGGGAGUGUGGAAAAAAUGGAAGUCCAAAUCCUUUUGCUGACAGUUUUCUUCUCUUCAGGAUUCCGUGUUGGGAUGUUUUCGUCCAAGAAACGCGUGAGUCCAAUGGAAUAGAAAUGUUCACGUUGCUGGUUAAUGUGAUUAAAGACUACGAGGUCAUUCUCGCAUCUAUAUUUUGCCUAAACGCCGAUUUGAGGGCCCUGGAGAAAGAACAACCGUGGCGAAUUUUGAUGUUAUGUUCGUGGGAUCUUACGGACUUUGAGACUGCUAAGAGUUCUAAAUCUUCUGCCCUCUUCCGUUUCUGCUCAACAAAAAUUCUAGUUCCAACCACCUUGUUGAAAUUUGCAGAACUCCCUUAA